AUGGCUAGACCAGCAAUGCUCCGACCGUUGUUGCGGUCCUCCUUCCACCCCGCCGCCUCUCCGCUCGCUGCAGCCACCUUCCAGCGUCGCGCCAUGAGCUCCUCGUACACGCUGACCUCCUACCUCGUCACCCCGGCCGAGCUGAGCGACGCGCUCCAGAAGAAUGUCGGAUCGCGCCUGUCGACCGCCCCGCGCGUGAUUCCUCUCUGUGGCACCUGGUUCUUGCCCAACGAUCCCGAGAAGCGCACUGGAUGGCAGACCUUCAAGGCUUGCCGCAUUCCCAAGGCCCGCUUCUUCGACUUGGAUGCCGUCAAGGAUCAGCAGAGCCCCUACCCGCACAUGCUGCCCAGCAGCGAAGACUUUGCAAAGGCCAUGGGUCAGCUGGGCAUUCGCCGAGACGAUAGCGUUGUCGUGUACGACAGCAAGGAGCAGGGAAUCUUCAGCGCACCGCGUGUUGCCUGGACUCUCAAGGUCUUCGGCCACCAGAACGUCCAUAUCCUGAACAAUUUCAAGCAGUGGGUCGAGGAGGGCUAUACCACCGAAUGGGGCGAGCCGGACAAGCUUGAACCUGUCGACUAUCCCGUGCCCGAGCUCGACAGGUCCAAGGUCGUCGAUUUCGAGCACGUCAAGGAAAUCGCUAAGCGACAGGGAGAGUCGGGCAAGGCAGAGAUUCAGAUUCUCGAUGCCAGGAGCAAGGGCCGCUGGGAGGGUAAGGAGCCGGAACCAAGACCCGGACUCUCAUCCGGCCACAUUCCUUCCUCUACAUCUGUUCCUGUGCCCGAGCUGCUGGAUCCGAAGACCAAGAAGUUCCUUCCUGCUGCCGAACUGAAAAAGGUUCUCGAAGCUAAGGGCAUCGACCCCUCAAAGCCCAUCAUCAGCAGUUGCGGCACUGGCGUUACUGCGGCUGUGAUUGACGCCGCAUUAGCCGAGGCUGGUUUUCCCGAUGACACGCGCCAGGUGUAUGAUGGUAGCUGGACCGAAUGGGCUCAGAGGGUCAAGCCGGAUGAGGGAUUGAUUGUCAAGGUGUGA